UUCCCCCGGCUUGCCAUUUUAAUAUUUCCUCUUGCAGACAGCUGGAUACUUUCUGUUUCUCCCUUUCUCCCCUCCUCCCACCUUUUUUUUGCAUUCCCUCCGUUUUGCAACUGGGUGCUGCUCGGGGCAGAGACUCCUUUUCCAUUGCUCCGCUGGAAAGACAGCCGAGACCACUCCAGAGCAAGAUGGUGAACAUCGGAGAUUUGCCAGAAGACAUUCUGAUUGAUGUACUGUGCCUGGUCCCGGCCAGGGAGCUGGUUCUCCAGUGCCGCCUCGUUUGCUUGCUGUGGCGCGACUUGGUGGACCUCCCUUCGCUGUGGAAGCGGAAGUGUCACCUUGAAGGGUUUCACCCCCGCGCGCCGGACAGGAAUGUUCCCGACUGGAGGAUAUUCUACUUCCUCUCCACCCUUCGGAAGAACUUAAUCCAGAACCCUUCAGGCGAAGCGGGCUUCAACUCCUGGGAAAUUGAAGAUAAUGGAGGGGACCAGUGGAAGAUUGAAGACCUUCCUGGAAAUCACGGGAGGGAAUUUCCUCACCCGCAUGUCCGCAAAUACUUUGUGACUUCUUUCGAGUUCUGUCUCAAAAACCAGCUUGUUACCUUAAAGGAUCACGGCUACUGGGAUCAGCUGAUGGACGAGGUCAAGCCAGAUAUUGUGGUGAAGGACUGGUAUGCCGCCCGACACGACUGCGGCUGUCGCUACCAGCUCUGGGUGGAGCUUCUUUCCGCAGACUACAUCGUCCUGCAAGAAUUUCACCCCGAAGACGUGGUCAUUGAACAGUGGAGCGAUGCAGUGUGGCAUGAGGUCUCGCACACGUUUCACAAUUACCCUCGUGGCGUCCGCCAUAUCAUCUUUCGCCACGGAGGCAUGGACACCCAGUACUGGGCAGGCUGGUACGGCAUCAGAGUCACCAACAGCAGCAUAACCAUUGGGCCGGAGGUGGCAGAGUGAAAGGUCGUGGCGCCGAGAGGCUUGGCUGAUUUUUUUACAGAGACAUAUAUCUAUAAAACCUCCCUUUUCAGCACUUUCUUUCUCUCGCGUGGUUGAUGGGCGAAGCAUCCCUUCCUGGCCCUUUUAAAUUUGCACAGCCGAUAAUCCUAUUCCAUCUCCACCCUUUA